GAAACAUGGGGUUUGUCAGAGCUCGCAUCUCAUCCGUGAAAUCCGCCCGAGCGAAUCGCGCGUUGUUAGUCAGAGCUUUCGCAACUUCUCUGCUCCUGCGCGUUCGAGAGGAAUUCUAUCGUGAAUUCGUGAACCUCAUAGCUUAUACCAUCACCUCCCGUAUCCUUUUCUCCGUUUCAUUGUUAUCUGACGCGCUUGUACUUAUGCGCUGGUAUUUAUUAGGGCAUGGAUCGUUUCGCGUGGCUCAAGGCCCAGCCAUGGCUCAAACCACAUGAUUCUCUAAGCCGCAGCCUCGUCAACAAUCCCGACAUAUUCUCUGGCACCCCGCUGAACGCUUACGGGCCUAACACCGGACCUGCUGGUUCGGUCGACGAGCCAACUAAUCCUAAAGACCUUCCCGCUCCCGAGCCUAGCUGGGUAUAUAACGGCUACGGAAGCUUCCAUGUCAGUGCGUCGGAACAGUACGGAUCGCCGACCAUAGGAGUGCUUUCGCAGCACGAUUCGCGUUUAGGCUGUUUCGAGUCGGCUCAACGGACACCUGUUCAUGAAAAGCGUCGGAAUGAUGCUAUGCUGGGUCUGCUUGCUCCCGACGCCAUUCACCUCGAGUUCGCCAUGGACCAGCGAAACCCUAACGCCACGCUUUUCGCUGUCCGCGUGGGCUGCCUGAUCCUGCCCGCCCUGGCGUCACCAGAUCCAACGCCUGCAGUACCGGCAGCAGCAGCGCCAGCAGCAGCAGCAGUGCCAGCACCAGCGCCACCGCCAGCACCAACCACGCGCCUCAGGACUGUGCUCGACUUUGGAGCAAAUGGCGUCUUCCUAUUGGACGCUGCUGCCGUCCGCCAGCUCAUCAGAGGCACUCGAGUAUUGCCGUGCUCCACGUAUCAUCAGCGGGAAGGGCUUUACAACAAGCGGCCUGAAAGUAACCAACAUGGUAACAGUGAUGGUAACAGGUGCUACAGUACCAAGAGCCAUAUAAAUUCUGAUGGCGGUUUGAAGAGAAAGCUUUUUCGGGAGUACGGGGAGGGGGACAGGGGAAGCAGUAGGAAGCGAAGGAGGGGGGGAAAGGGGGAUGCUGCAACUUUAGAGUGUGAUCACGAGCUGGGCGGGAGGGAGGUUGGUUUGGGAGGGGCUGAGUGCAAAGACGGAGAGGAAAGGGCAGAGCAGAUCGGAAGGAGGGGGGGGGAGAGGAGAGGAGGAAAAGAGGGAACAAAGAGGAGAGGAGCAAGAGGAGAGGUAGGGAGGAGGGGAGAGGGAGAGAGGAAGGGAGUGGGAAAGGGAGCACGUAAAACAGGAAAGGGUGUAGGGAUAGCGAGGGGGGGAAGGGUUCAGGUAACAGGGAACAUGAAGGGAAAAGUAGGUAUGAAGGGAAAAGUAGGUAUGAAGGGAAAAGUAGGUGGUGUUGUGGCAUCAGGCGAUUCUGGGUUGAAGUAUGGGACGGCGGGGAGCAAGGGAGGGACAGGGGCGAGAAGGGAUAGACAGAGCAGGAGAGCAUGGGAUGGGGCGGAUGGUGAAGGGGGGAGUAGGGCUUUGGACGCGUCGCAGAAGGCUGUUGGUAUUAGGCGUGACGAGGGCAGCAAGCGUUUUGAGGCGUCUCAACUUGCUGUUGGUGUGGGGAGUGACGAGGGGAGUAAGCAUCUGGAGGUUUCCCAAAAAGCUGUGGGUGUGGGGAGUGACGAGGGGAGUAAGGAGUGGAAGGAGAGGCAUGUGAUCUGCACUCAGUUCCCGACCAAAGCCAGCUCUGAGACACCUCCGAGCAGGGAUAGGCAUGCCAUAUGCACUCAGUUCCCCACCAAAGCGAGCUCUGAGACACCUCCGAGCAGGGAUAGGCAUGCCAUAUGCACUCAGUUCCCCACCAAAGCGGGCUCUGAGACACCCCCGAGUAGGGACAGGCAUGCGAUCUGCACUCAGGCUCCCACCAACGAGGCAAGGAGAGGGGAGGUGGGGAGCGGAGAGAGGGAGGAGAGAGAGGAGGGGGAGGAAGGGGGGAAGGAAGAGGAGGGAGGAGAGGAAGAGGAGAUGGAGGAAAUAGUAAUGGAAGAGGAGGAGGAAGAAGAGGGGGAUGAGGAGGAAGAGGAGGGGGGUGAUAAGGAGGAGAAAGAAGCAGAUGAGAGGGAGGAAGAAGAGGAUAGUGAAGGAGAGGAUAAUGAGGGUGGAGGAAGGGACGAGAGGUGUGAGGAGGAAGGAGGGAGCAUGGAAGAGCACGGAGGUCCGGAGGAGGGAGAUGACAGGGUAACGGAGGAGCACAGAGGACUGGAUCAGGGGAUUGACGGGGGUUGGGAGGAGGUCAAUGAUGAUGGGAUAUGUGCUGCCUGCCGGCAUGUGCCUUAUGUCAGCCUGCUGCUGCCGCAUGUCACUUUCACUCUGCAUGGAUCAUGUGGGUCAGAGCAGCAAGAGCAGCAAGAGAAGCAAGUGGAGCAGGAGGAGGAAGCGGAGAAAGAGGAGCAAGGGGCGGAUGUUGAAAGUGCGGCUCUCGCCAUAGCAGCUUCUAUGGCAGCAGCAGAAGAAACUACAUCAGCACCAUCAACAUCCGCAGCAGCAGCAGCAAUAUCAGCCGCAGCAGCUGCAGCAGCGUCAACCACCAGCACCCUCCCUCCAGCCCUCUCCUCACUCGCCUCCCCUCUCCCUUCUUUCUACCGGUGGGCGUCUGCAUGUGAGGGGAUGAGUGCAGCCGCAGUGGGGGCGACUGAGGCAUGUGGGGCGGACAGUUGGCUCAUGGCACACAUGCUGCGGGAAACAGCUCUGCUUUCCGCUAUUGGAGAGGCGGCCCACGAGGAGAUGGUGGGAGGGGCUGCAGUGAUUCACACGCAGUAUGCAAGUGCACAGGAGGAGCUGAAGAAGGAACUGGAGGGGUCCCAGACGCAGGCAUUCAGACGCAAAGGCCCACCUCCUAGUCCUGCUGCGUUGAGGGAUAUGAGGUCCCUGCUUGACAAGGUUGGCACCCUUAAUGGACGGCAGCUUUUAGUGGAUAUUUUCCAGAAUGGAAAGGGGUAGCAUUAUAAUUAGGUGCAGAGGAGAUACAGCUGUCGAAAGAUACAGCUGUCGGAAUUUAACAAGCAAUUCAGCCGCCAUCGGGGAUGUAGCUCAGAUGGUAGAGCGCUCGCUUAGCAUGCGAGAGGUACGGGGAUCGAUACCCCGCAUCUCCACGUUGCCUCCAUUGACAUCUUUUCCCGUGGGAAAGCCUCUCCAGUUUCAUCCGUGUGCGCUUGGUUUCAGCUGUCGUGCGGGGGUGUCUGGCCUGGGCGUGCUGACUUUUGGCGCUUACGUGACGGGAGUAGCUGUUGGCGGGCAGAUGCGAUAGGUUCAUCGAGGGUUCCACCGUUCCAUCGCAAAACAAUCGGACAGCCGAGGAAGCGAUCUGUCAAGCCUAGAAGGCCACACGCCGGUUCCCUCGUCGCUGACUGGUCGCUGCCGUCAAGAGAUUUGCGUGCGACGUAUUCGCGCCGGCGUAACUGACUCUACUGCGCUACAGACGUACCGGAUCGUCGAGGUGACGUAACGGGUGUUGCCGUAAUGUAGCUCCUAUCGCGACUGUAGCGUCGACGAGGGUGGCGCUGGUAACCUUGACCGCGUAUCGGGCCUGUUUAUAACGCGAUGGAGCAUCGUCAUCAGCAGCAGCAGCGUCGCCGUUCAGCCGCCAGCGCGACUGUGGUGUUCGUCGCGUUUGGGACGCGGGGGGACGUGCAGCCGCUUGCAGUGCUAGCAUCAGCGCUCGCUGCAGAGAGCAGAUCACAGCAGGGGGGAGCGGAAACGAAGGGAAACAC